UCCGGGAUCAGGAACCGCCCCGUCACUUACCGUCCAGCUCCACUCUUUGUUAUAUUCAUAGAAAAUCCCAGCGGCUUACCCCGGAGCGGACACUGCGCUUCCUGCUGCCCGCCGAGCCGCACAGGGACCAGGUUAUUGCUCUCUGCAGGAUUUCACAACAAUCAUGUCUAAGAAGGGAGGAAACCGAGGGCCGGAGAUGGAGGGGCCGGUGGAGGGCUCCAUCAUCCGGAUCCCACCUCACCACUACAUCCACGUUCUGGACCAGAACACCAACAUCGCCCGCGUGGAGAUCGGGCCGCUGACUUACAUCCGGCAGGACAAUGAGAGAGUGCUCUUUUCGCCGGUGCGAAUGGUCAUGGUGCCGCCUCGUCACUACUGCGUGGUCGCCAACCCGGUGGCCCGCGAUGACAACGGCCAGGUCCUCUUCGACCAAGCAGGGCAGGCCAAGCUCCGCCAUGCCGACCUGGAGAUCCGGCUGACCCAGGACCCGUUUCCUCUUUACCCCGGCGAGGAGGUCCAGCAGGACGUAACAACGCUGCAGAUCGUGUAUCCCGACACGGCUCUGCGUCUUCAGGCUCUGCUGGACUUCGAGGAAGCUGACGGACAGAAGAGGGUGGCUGGAGACGAGUGGCUGUUUGAGGGACCAGGUACAUACAUCCCACGGAAGGAGGUGGUGGUUCUGGAGACCAUCAAGGCCACAGUGAUCCGUGAGAACCAGGCCAUCAGGCUGAGAGCUCGCAAGGAGGGCCAAGACCGAGGAGGAGUCCAACGGGUCACAGGUGAGGAGUGGCUGGUCCGGAAGGUGGGAGCUUACCUGCCGGGUGCUCACGAGGAGGUCAUCGACAUCGUCAACGCCUUCAUCCUGACUGACAAGAGAGCGCUGCACGUUCGCGCUUUGCGGCCCUUUAAAGACGCCGGUGGACGUGACCGGCGUACUGGGGAGGAGUGGCUUGUCACCAUGGCCGACCGCGAGGCGCAUAUCCCGUCGGUGGCCGAGGAGGUGGUCGGGGUGGUGGACGUGACCACGCUGAGCAGCCGGCAGUACUGCGUCAUCCUGGACCCGGUCGGACCCGAUGGGAAGCCUCAGCUGGGCCAGAAGAGGGUGGUGAAGGGCGAGCGCUCGUUCUUCCUGCAGCCUGGCGAGCAGCUUGAAAACGGCAUCCAGGAUGUUUACGUUCUGUCGGAGGAGGAAGGUUUGGUGCUGCGAGCCGUCGAGGCCUUUAAUGACACCCAGGAGCAGGAGGAAGAGGAGGACGAGGAGGCCCAGCAGGAGGAGAGGGCCAAGCGCUCCCGGAGGAGCGGUGUCCUGCGUCGCCCCGGAGACCGCUGGAUGCUGCGCGGUCCCAUCGAGUACGUUCCCCCCGCCACGGUGGAGGUGGUGCUGAGGCAGCAGGCCAUCCCGCUGGACGAGAACGAGGGCAUCUACGUCCGGGACAUCAAAACUGGAAAGGUGCGAGCAGUGAUCGGUCACACCUACAUGCUGACUCAGGACGAGGAGUUGUGGCAGAAGGAGCUUCCUGCGAAGGUCGAGGCCCUGCUGACGUCCCGCAUCGACCCGCUGGCCGACCGCUCGGACCGCAGGGGGGUGGUGGAUCAGGAACCGAGGGACAAGACCAAGGUGGUGUCCUUCAGGGUCCCCCACAACGCCGCUGUCCAGGUGUAUGACUACAGGGAGAAGAAAGCCAGGGUGGUGUUCGGACCGGAGAUGGUGAUGCUGGGGCCUGACGAGCAGUUCACCGUGCUGUCGCUGUCUGGAGACAAACCGAAGAGGGCCAACGUCAUCAAAGCCAUCUGCCUGCUGCUCGGGCCCGACUUCUUCACCGACAUCAUCACCAUCGAGACCGCCGACCACGCAAGGCUGAAGCUGCAGCUCUCAUACAACUGGCACUUUGAGGUGAAGUCUCCAGCCUCUGCUGGCGAGUCAGCAGCUCUGUUCUCGGUUCCUGACUUUGUGGGAGACGCCUGUAAAGCCAUCGCCUCCAGGAUCCGAGGAGCAGUCGCCUCCGUGCAGUUCGACGAUUUCCACAAGAACUCCAACCGGAUCAUCUGCUCCGCGGUGUUCGGCUUCGACGAGAAGCUGGUGGUGCGUUCGAGUCUUCACUUCAACCAGAACAACCUGGUGAUCAGCAGCGUGGACAUCCAGUCGGUGGAGCCGGUCGACCAGAGGACUCGAGACGCUCUGCAGAAGAGCGUCCAGCUGGCCAUCGAGAUCACAACCAACUCCCAGGAGGCCGCCGCUCGACAUGAAGCCGAGCGUCUGGAGCAGGAGGCUCGGGGGAAGCUGGAGAGGCAGAGGAUCACCGACCAGGCCGAGGCCGAGAGGGCCAGGAAGGAGCUGCUGGAGCUGGAGGCCCUCAGUGCUGCUGUGGAAAGUACCGGAGCUGCGAAGGCCGAGGCUCAGUCUCGGGCCGAAGCGGCUCGAAUUCAGGGUGAGGCGGCCGUCAACGAGGCCAAACUGAAGGCCGAAGCUCAGAGGAUCGAGGCGGAGGCGGAGCUUCAGCGGCUGAUGAAGGCUCGUGAGCAGGAGCUGAACUACAAGAAGGAGAUAGACCGACUGGAGGUGGAGAAGCAGGAACGUCUGGCUCAGAUCGAGAGUCAACGCUUCAGCCAGCUGAUGGAGAGUUUGGGCAGCGACACCCUGAAGGAGAUCGCCAGAGCCGGACCAGAGCUGCAGCUGAAGAUGCUUCAGGCUCUCGGUCUGAAGUCGACUCUCAUCACUGACGGCUCGUCGCCCAUCAACCUCUUCACCACCGCCAACGGCCUGCUGGGGGCGCUGCCGGGCCAGGGCCAGUGAGGAGGAGGAGGAGGAUGAAGGCCAGAAGUAAACCUCGACUCGUUUUUCAGCUUUAAAAGCAUCAGAUUUCACGCAGGAACUCUGAAUUUAGACAAAACAAAUACAGAAAAUCUGCAUGAUUUGUCUGUUCAUUCACUUAUUUCAGUGUUGGAACUAAAAAGAGAAGAAAAAAAGUAAGAAUUUAGUUUUUUUUAAAAAGGAAAUGACUGUUUUAUGAUUAUUACUGAACAGUUAAAGUGUCUGAUCCUGUUUUAGUUUCUCUGCAGGUGAAUAAACGGCAAACAUCCAAAAAUAAAACCCAUUUUUAAGUCAUUUUCAAUGUCUAUGGAAAAAAUAUAUUCAGAUAUUUUUUCCGGUCUUUUUGUUGUUGUUGUUUGUUUAUUCAGAUUAAAUGAAAUAAGUGAAUGAACGACAAUUAUAUCUGUGAUGGUUAAAGCGUCCAGGUGAAGCGAGUUUCGGAGGUUUACUUUUGGAUCUCUGCUGCGAAUUGAAGAAAUUUUGUGCCUCUAACCGAAGAUGCUGUUUCCUUCCCAAAGAUUUCUCUGCUUUGCACUUAAAUGUGACACGAUGGGAUGAAAGUUGUGUUUACAUGUUAAACCUUUUCCUGUUUCUGUGGUAAUAAAGUCCAAGUGGAAGUCCGGCUGUGGGUCCGACAUGAAGAACUGACAUCCUUUGAAGUGCUAAUGCUGGUGUUUUCACUAUGACUUCUCUUUGAAGCAAUAUUAAAAAAUCUGGCGUA